GCAGGAACCACUCAUCGUCACCUGCUUGCUCCUUGUCUCCUUGUGACAUGUACUCAUUACAUGCCAACACGCACACACAUCAAUGGUGGUGACAUCACAGUUGUGUGGAAACAUGUGACGGAGACCUCAAGCCGUGAAAUGUAUUGUUGUUUAGGUUUGGCACCAUCAGUCGUGAUGUAACAGUCAAACCAUCUUUGGCUUGCCACAAGUCUCUCCCAACAUCUGUUGUCUGACGACAUUGUGUGGGGUCAACAGGAAGGUUACCAUACCCUCUCCAUAUAACACACACACUUGCUUGGUUAGUUUUCAAGUGGAAUUGUUGCUGUCUAUGUAUAGUUUGCCACCUCAUCUCCUCCACAGGGCUAUCUGUAUGUGAGUCACUGGGGCACGAGCGAAAUGACUGGAAAAUCUGAACAAUUUAUUGACAACGCAAAGGACAAAAAUUAAAUUCGGGAAGUCCCGAAAUGUCUGACAGAAAUAAUAGCCUUGUCUUCCAGUCAAGAAUUCUGUGGAACAUCCAUUAGCUGUAAGGUGUUCUGUGCCAUACACAGUGUGAUAUCAGUUGUCCCACACUGAUCACCGAGGUAUAGUCUGACCCUCGAUAACAGUCAAAAAGGUGAAGAAAAAGUAAAAGAGGUGAGACUGUCGACAUUCACCCUGUGUACACCUGUCAGAACGAGAUCCAGCUUGUAGCACCUGACACAAGAAUGGAAGAUGAUGUGGUCACUGCGGCUCGACGGCGUAUUAUGUUGCUGGUGCUGUUGGUGUCGUUGGUUGGCCGGUCAUCUAGCUCGACAGGGGUUCGGUUCGAAUGUUUCGAUGACCUGUGUGUUUCGAGGCUUCAAUACUGCAGCGACAAUCAGCAGCGGUGCCAGUACUGUAGGAGGGAGCACUGUCUGGACCCUGCCUUCACACCUGCCCAGUGCCGGCCCCUCUGUCCUGAGCUCCUGAGUACUACUCCGCCAGAUGAAGCAACGGCAUCGAGCUCCGGAAUGAGUACCAGUCGGGUGCCAGACAGGCAGCAUGGUGUUGACAUCUCAGCAGAGUCCUUGAUGACUGUGACAGCUGCUCUCUUCAUCCUGGUUAUCGUUCUUCUCAUUGUCAUCCUGGUGCUUGCGACCUGCUUGUGCAACUACGCCAUUCCAGUCUACAGAAGUGUCCAAAGACAGCUUUUCAUGAGAGCAAACAUGUUGGAAGAAAAUGAAACUCUACUGAAAGAGACUCGUCAAAACAGGAAGCCAGGCCUGCCGGGGGAAACAAAAGGAUUUUGUAGACAGAAGUGGCAUAGUGCACAGCCCUCUGCCGCUGCCCUCCCGUGUGUGACCUCCCCACCUGGUGCACCUUAGAGCCGUGUCCGUGUGAAGGUAGGAGGACUGAAUACUUGAUGACUGCAGGAUCGCUCCCAUGUGAUUGUCAGGUGUUCUCGUCAUGCUGCUCACCUGCACGUACUUCCAUGGAAACCUGGACCUUUCGUCGGGUUUCCGGCCAGGUGGUAACCGUUGUCUGAGAUGAGUUUAGCUGAUUCAGAAUGGAAGGUGACAAUCGCGACAUUGGCCCUAAAGGUCGCUAAAGGGAAAUAAACUGAGCAUGACUGUCAGCCGGCCAUGAGCUGACCUCGGUGAUGUGCAACGGUAGAAAUAAAUGUUUCUGAUGCUGUGAUGUUGUGUACAAGCCAGGUCUUCCUAUAUACACAAGCGAAUGAGAUGCUUGUUGUUUACUAUGAAUGGGUGCUGUGUAUUUUACUGUGACAGCUGCGACAAACUGUUUUAAUCAAAAUAAAAAAGACCAUUUUCCGUUGCAAGGAAAUUACAUCAUAUUUGCGUGGUCAGUAAGUCACUGAUAUUAAUAACACAGCAAGUCUACACAUUCGGCUACUCACCUGUCUCACAACACCCAGGGACAGUCGACUGCUAUAAAUAGAGCUGAUGUCACGCAGUGUAGAUGUAACGGGCGUAGAGAGAGCAGCCACGUGGAGACAUCUACACUGUGGUGUCACCAGUCUUAGGACAUGUCCAUGGUUGUUGCUAUUAUCAGCAGCACUAGACACAACAAAUGUUCUAGUCAACAUUUGGCUGACAUAUUUUUAACUUAGGGCCUGAGGUUUACAUCAGCGCUGAGUAGAACGAGCAAGAAUAACAAUGGACGCUGCUA